AUGUUGGGUCGCUCCACGAUCGUGGCCAAUAGGGCGCUAACUAUAUCUUCACCAGCAAGAAACCAGGAAGUAUUUAUAAUUGGAGCUGCUCGUACGCCAAUUGGAUCUUUCCGAUCUCAGUUAGCCUCAUUGUCGGCUCCACAGCUGGGAAGUGUCGCCAUAAAAGCUGCAGUGGAGAGAGGCGGUUUGAAGCCUGAGGAUGUGCAAGAGGUGUAUAUGGGGCAAGUUUGCCAAGCCGGUGUUGGACAGGCACCUGCUCGUCAAGCCGCCCUUGGAGCAGGUCUUAAUGUUUCUACUAUUGUUACUACUGUCAACAAGGUCUGCGCAUCAGGUCUUAAAGCCAUCAUGCUCGCUGCACAACAAAUUCAGACAGGGCAACAAAACGUAGUAAUCGGAGGAGGGAUGGAAAGCAUGUCUCAAGUUCCUUUCUAUCUUCCGCGUGGCGAUACUAUGUACGGAGGCAUCAAACUCCUGGACGGCAUUGUGAACGACGGUCUCACAGACGCCUACGAUUCGUGUCAUAUGGGCAACUGCGCGGAAAAGACCGCCAAAGAAUUUCUUAUAUCUAAAGAGGCACAGGAUGAGUAUGCAAUUGGAAGUUACAAGAAGUCUGCAGCAGCCUGGAACGGUGGAAUCAUGGCUGCUGAGGUAGUGCCCGUUACUGUGAAGAGUCGCAAGGGUGAUGUUGUCGUAGACUCCGAUGAAGAGUACAAAAAAGUCAAUUUUGAUAAAAUGAAAACAUUGAAAACCGUUUUCCAGAAAGAUGGAACGGUCACCGCUGGCAAUGCAUCGACAUUGAAUGACGGUGGUGCCGCCGUGCUUCUGGCAAGCUCCGAAGCUGUCAAGCAGCAUGGAUGUAAACCAUUGGCCAGAAUCCUUGCGUUUGCUGAUGCAGCGACGAAUCCAUUGGACUUCGCAAUUGCGCCUCCCAUAGUUGUGCCAAAGUUGCUUCAAAGUACUGGCUUGAAAAUGACAGAAAUCGAUCAGUGGGAAGUCAACGAAGCAUUUUCGGUUGUGCCUUUGGCAUUUAUAAAGCAAGUUGGAUGUGAACCAGAGAAAGUGAACCCACACGGUGGAGCGGUUUCAAUCGGGCAUCCCAUUGGAAUGUCUGGCGCUCGCCUUAUCACCCACCUUGUCUAUGCAUUGAAACCGGGUCAGAAAGGUUUGGCUGCCAUAUGCAAUGGAGGAGGCGGAGUUCGAACUCCCAUCGCUUCGUUCCGCGGUUCGUUCGCUAGUGUUAGUGCAGUUGAGCUCGCUGCCACAGCAGGUCGGACCGCAAUAGAAAGAUCAGGGCUAUUUCCGAAUGAUAUUGAGGAGUCCUUUGUUGGCUGCGUUCUAGCGGCCAAUUGUGGACAGAAUGUUGCCCGGCAAGUUGCAAUUUCUGUAGGAAUCCCGAAAACUUCUCAAGCGGUAACUAUCAAUAAAGUAUGCUCAUCUUCUAUGAAAGCCUUAGCCUUAGGAGCUCUAUCAAUAAAAAGCGGAUAUCGCAAGAAAAUAUUCGUUGCUGGUUGUGAGAAUAUGAGCCAGGUUCCCUUCUACAUGCCACGAGGAGAGAUACCAUACGGAGGGAUGAGCGUUAUAGAUGGAAUUGUGAAAGACGGGUUACAAGAUUUUCUGUCGCAUACUCAUAUGGGUCUUUGCGCUGAGAAGACAGUAAAGGAUUACAAUCUCAGUCGAUCGUCACAAGAUGCGUUUGCCAUUCAAAGUUACAAGAAGGCAGAAGCAGCAUGGAAGGAAGGCUUGUUUUUGCAAGAAGUUGUACCUGUUACCAAGUCGCAACGAGGAGCCACUGUUGUUGUGUCCGAAGAUGAAGAAUACAAGAAGCUAGUGGAGUCCAAGGUUCCAAAUCUUAAACCUGUUUUCGUUAACGACGGCUCUGGAACAAUCACUGCCGCUAAUGCUUCCUCUUUAAAUGAUGGCGCAGUAGCUGCCGUAGUUGUGCGUGGUGAUCAAGUUCCUGAAGGUGUCACCCCUCUGGCAGAAGUGGUUGAUUUCGCAGAGGCAGGAGGAGACCCUGUUGAUUUCACCAUUGCUCCUGUUUGGGCUGUAAGAAAGUUACUGGAGCAGAGGAAUCUUUCAAGUAAUGACAUUGCAUUGUGGGAGAUAAAUGAGGCCUUCUCUGUAACUGCUAUGGCGUUCAUACAGGAGCUUAAGCUGGAUCCAGCAGUAGUGAACGUAAAAGGAGGUGCCGUUGCUUUGGGGCAUCCUCUAGGUAUGUCCGGGCUACGAAUCGUGCUAUCGCUGGCGUAUUCACUUUCUCCCGGCGAACUGGGUAUCGCUGCUAUUUGCAAUGGAGGAGGCGAAGCCAUGGCAAUGUUGAUUCGGAAGCCGCAAUAG